UGGGAUGGACAGGACUGGGAUUGGGGUCAGGAAAUGGGAUUAGAUAUGGAUAGACAGGAUUGGGAUGGGACUGGGAUGGACAGGAUUGGGACUGGGGUCAGGAAACAGAAUAGGAUGGGAUUGGGGUCAGGAAACAGAAUGGAAUUGGACUGGGAUUGGACUGGGAUGGACAAAACCAGGAUUGGGGUGAGGGGAGGGACUGGGCCCGGGUUCAGCCCCGGACUGGAGCCACAACUGGGAGGGUUUUGGUCCCAAACUGGUGUGGACUGGAACCAGAAUUGUUGGGAUUUCACCCCGAACUGUCGGGGUUCGGAGCCCCCAAAAUCCAGAUUUUGGUCCCAAAACGGGGACCGGAGCCAAAGGUUGGGAUUUCAUCCUGGAACCGCUGGGAUUCGGAGCCCCGAAGUGUUGGGAUUUCACCCCAAACUGUCGGGGUUUGGGGCCACAACUGCUGGGAUUUCACCCUGGAUCGCCGGAGUUCGGAGCCACCAAAACCGCCGGGAGUUGGACCCAAAAUUGUCAGGAUUUGGAACCAGAAUCGCCGGGAAUUUGAGCCAAAAUCGCCAGGAAUUGGAGCCAAAAUCGCUGGGAAUUUUAGCCAAAAUCAUCAAGAUUUGGACUGAAAAGGAGCAGGGAUCACCCCCAAAGUGUUGGGGUUUCAGCCCAAUUUCAAGGGGUUCAGACCCCAAACUGUGGGGAUUUCAUCCCCAAAUCUCUGGGGUUUGUCCCCAAAACUGUGGAGGUUGGGCCUCAAAACUGUGGAGAUUUCAUCCCCAAAUCUCUGGGGUUUGUCCCCAAAACUGUGGAGGUUGGGCCUCAAAACUGUGGAGAUUUCAGCCCCAAAUCUCUGGGGUUUUGUCCCCAAAACCCCCAAGAUUUCAGCCCCAGAUUCCCGAGUUUCAGAGGCAGAACUGCUGCAGUUCUGCCCCAAAAAUUUCUGGCUUUCGCUCCCAAAAACGCCCAAAUUCCUCCCAAAAAAUUCAAGAUUUUGCACCCAAAAAGCUGCGAUUUAUCCCCAGACCCAUCAGGAAUUCAGCCCUAAACUCCUCAGACCCCCCAAAAUCUCCCAAUUUCAGGGUUUCACCCCAAAAGCUGCUGCUAUUUUUUCCCCCCUCAUUUUUUUCCCCUUAAUUUAUGCCAUUAAUUUAUCCUAAUUUAUGUAAUUUUAUUCCCCUUAAUCUCCAUUUAAUUUUGCCCCCCCCAGGUGCAAAUGGAGCUGGGAUAAUUUGCAUUUAUUGGAAAUAUUUGUAUUUAUUUUAGUGACAUUUGUAUUUAUUUAGGGAGGUUUUUAUUUAUUUGGGGCUGUUGAUAUUUAUUUUAGGGAGUUUUUUAUUUAUUUUGGGGCAUUUCUAUUUAUUUUAGUGAGAUCUGUAUUUAUUUUAGGGAAAUCUGUAUUUAUUUUUUGGGAGGUUGUAUUUAUUUCAGGGAGGUUUGUAUUAAUUUUGGGGGGAUUUCUAUUAAUUUUGGGGGGGUUUAUAUUAAUUUUAGGAAUAUUUGCAUUCAUUCUUAGAGCUUUAUAAUUUUAUUUAGAGCUUUUUAUUUCUUUUGGGGGGUGUUUAUUAAAAUUUGUAUUUAUUUGAGGAGGAAUAUUGAUUUUUGGGGGGGGGAUAGAGGUGCUGGGGGGGCAGA